UCUCUCUCUCUCUCUCUCUCUCUCUCUCUCUCUCCCCCCCUCUCUCUCUCUCUCUCUGUAAGCCAGUCAACAGUAAGACAGCCUUGCGUGUUGUAGUGGAGUCGGGAGGAGAGAGAUCUGCUCACGCUGUUAGAGAGGACAACCCCUCCUUCUCCUCCCUUUCCUCCUCGACCCUGAACCCCCGAAUCGUCUCCCUGGAGCGACCCUGACAACAGCCCCAGCACCCCCAGAGAGGAAGACAGAGGAAGACCCACAACGUUACUUUUCAAACCUAGAGGCAACACAUGGAUCAGUCUGACCGGGCUUUCGAGUCUAACUUUCUCUGACAGGAAUGAUUCGUUCUGGAGAGACUUCUACUUGAGUGCUGGUGUGAGGAGGAAGACAGGGAGACGACAUGGAUGUGAAGAGGAAGGAGAUGGACCUGCUGAGCAACAGCAUGGCGGCCUACGCACACAUCAAAGCUAACCCGGAGAGCUUUGGCCUGUACUUUGUGAUCGGUGUGUGUUUCGGCCUGGUGCUCACCCUGUGCCUGCUCGUCAUACGCAUCUCCUGCAAGCCCCGUCUGGCCGCCAAGCCGCCCGCGCCCGAGAAGAAGUGCCUGAAGGACUUCAGCGAGGACGAGGAUGAGGACGAGAGUGAGGACGAGGAGGAGGACGAGGAGGAAGGGGACGUGGAAGCGCCGGCGACGCUGCCCAGCACGGAGAUCGCCGUCGGCAACCACCACAGCCAAUCGGACGGGACUUUGAGCGUGAACGUGUUCACGUCUGCCGAGGAGCUGGAGCGGGCGCAGCGAUUGGAGGAGAGGGAGCGAAUCAUACGCGAGAUCUGGAGGAACGGGCAGCCAGAUAUUUUGGGUUCAGGAACGGGGACCAUCGGAAGGGUUCACUACUACUAACACUGCCCCCGCCGCCUCACAUCCUGCCAGGGCGAGUCACUUCCUGUGGGUCUUAACACUCCCCCUCCCCCCGCCGCCUCACAUCCUGCCAGGGCGAGUCACUUCCUGUGGUGAACUUUGGGUCUUCCCCAGAGGGGCUUUAGGACCCAGCAGGAGUGAUGAUGGAGAACACUGGGACAGGAGGAAGCUAGGAGCGGGCCUACGGGUCAGCGUUGCCAUGGUAAUCAUGGUCGGGCGUGGCUCAUAGUAGUUCACGUUGCACUUCAACCAGACCUUAUCUCCCCCCUCUACUCCCCUUCCCCAUCACAUCCUCAUUCCCCUGUCUCCCCUCGGCACCCCUCUCCUCUAUUCCACCCUGUCUCCCCCCGUCUCCCCCUGUCUCCCCCCUCUCCUCUCCCCUCCCAUCACCCCCCUCCAUCCCCCAACCCCCCUACCCCAUUUAGGAGUAACCCCCCUGUCAUGUGAGUGGUGCCCCAGCAAGGGGGGCUGGGGGCCAGUGGUGCCCCCAUCUGGCCUCAGGAAGCAGGCCUGAUGGUGACCGUGACUGAGGGGGGCCGAGGGGGGCCGAGGGGGGCCGAUGGGGGGCGAGGGGGGGCGAGGGGGGCCGAUGGGGGGCGAGGGGGGCAUGCAGAACUUGUGUCCUAAGACUGAAACACCAAGAAAAGGAAUGUUGAUGUACGGUGACCAGGCCACUGCUGUUGAAUGAUUUACGACAAGAAAAUAGGACCAUGUUUUACAACGGCAGGUCUUUUAUUUGUUGUCCUUUUGGAACGAGGAUGUUUCCUCUUGUACGUUUACAGAGGGAUGUUUCUGCGAACAAAGACCCCAGUGGCUUAAAGAGGUCCCAGAUCUUUCAGAGGAAAUAGCAGAGCUUAAGCAAACAAAUGCAAACUGAUUUAAGGGAUGGUUUUUCACCCAAGGAUAUAAGGUUGUGUUAUUUCAGUUUUAGGAAACAAUUACACUAAAUUGGGAAAUUAAAGAAUUACAUUUAAAUAAUUAAA